GUGUGGUACUAUAUCUGUUUGAGCUCUCGGCUGAGCAUGUUGUCAGAAUGACUUCUAUUGCAUUACACCAAUAAACUAGUUUAAAAAGUUGUUAAACUUUUAGAAGGUAGCUUAGUAGCUGUUAGAGGUUAAUUUAGGGCUCUACCUCCGUCAGGCUGGAGCUAUCAGAUCCAAAAAACUGGUGGAGUGGCGGAAAGUCGUGGAGACACAACAGACAACACUCUCGAGGGGCAAAGAUGUCCCGAGAGAACCACGAUGAGAGUGUGGACCACGCCGUCCUCUUCCAGGACGUCUGUGAAGUGGAGCCCCCUGACCAGGAGUGCUGCAAACUAGUCACCAUCAACAUUUCAGGUCUGCGUUUCGAAACUCAACUCAAAACCCUCGCUAGAUAUCCGAACACGUUACUGGGAGACCCGGUUAAAAGGAUGCGCUUCUACGACCCGCUCAGGAACGAGUUCUUCUUCGACAGGAACCGACCCAGUUUUGAUGCCAUCCUGUAUUACUAUCAGUCCGGCGGGAGGCUUCGGAGACCCAUCAACGUGCCGGUUGAGAUCUUUAUGGACGAAAUCAAAUUUUACGAAAUCGGCGAUGACGUCAUCGAUCGCUUCCGAGAGGACGAGGGUUUGUUAAAAGAAGAGGAGCGUCCCGUUCCGCCCAGUGGGUUUAAGCGUCAAAUCUGGCUGCUGUUCGAGUACCCCGACAGCUCCGGUCCAGCCAGGAUGAUCGCUAUAGUAUCCGUGAUGAUCAUCCUGAUAUCCAUCGUUAUCUUCUGUUUAGAAACCUUGCCGGAAUUUAGAGAGGAUGACCGUGUGUUCAACAACCACCUUGCGCCGAACGGAACGACUGCUGGGAAAAGAUCUAGUACGUUCACGGACCCGUUCUUCUUGUUGGAGACCAUCUGCGUCGUUUGGUUUUCCUUCGAACUGUUUGUGAGGUUUCUUGCAUGCCCGAGCAAGCCCGCCUUCUUCAAAGACAUCAUGAACAUCAUAGAUAUCGUAGCCAUUCUUCCAUAUUUCAUUACUUUGGGUUUAGAUCUCAGCGAAGUGGAGUCGAACUCGCAGCAGACCACGUCUCUCGCCAUUCUGAGGGUCAUCCGCUUGGUGCGCGUCUUCAGGAUUUUCAAACUCUCACGGCACUCCAAGGGUCUCCAAAUCCUCGGGCAGACCCUACGAGCGAGUAUGCGAGAGCUUGGACUGCUGAUCUUUUUCCUUAUCAUCGGCAUUAUAUUGUUCUCCAGUGCGGUGUACUUCGCCGAGGUGGAUGACCCGGAAUCGUCUUUUACUAGUAUCCCAGACGCGUUCUGGUGGGCGGUUGUUACCAUGACCACUGUGGGGUAUGGUGACAUGUACCCAGUGACGAUAGGAGGCAAAAUUAUCGGAUCGAUGUGUGCCAUUGCAGGAGUUCUUUCAAUCGCCCUGCCUGUACCAGUAAUCGUGUCGAACUUUAAUUACUUCUAUCACCGAGAGCACAGCGAGGAGGAGCAAGUGGAAUACACGCACGUAACUUGCGCUCGCCCGUUGCCUGUCCUGUGCGACCAAAAUAAAAGCGACAGUAAACCCUCUCUAGUGAUAUCAGAGCACUCAGAUGACGACGAGUGGAAUUCAAUAAGCGUGUUAAAUUUCAAUCCAUCAGAGGAAUAUACAGGCAAACUCACAGAUGUAUAAGAGCACCAAAAGCGCGCGCAUCUGUGAAGCAGAAGCUGUAUGACGACAUUUCUUCUCUAUAAAGAAGACAGAAGUUCAUAUCACCUGCAUAAACAAGCAAAAUGUGUGUAUUUUUGUCAGUAGCGGUCUGUCAGAGAAAGAGGUGAAAGGAACAAACAGACUAACUGAUAUAAUUUACUUUUUCAAUGUACCCAUUAAUGUGUAUAAUCCAUAUGAUAUUGAUAAUAUUAUGCGGAAGCAGUCCCUCCAGGAUUACUUGGGACGUUUUUCAGAUUUUUGCGGCCUAAAUUGACUGAUUUUGCUGCAGCUUUUCUCAAAAUUUGCAGUGAUAUUUGCACCGUUUCUUAUUGUUUUGCAGUGAAAAUAUACCACAGACAACAUUCUUCUAACAUUGUUAUGACUUUUCUCACUUCAAGAACCAUUGUAGGGCUCCAGACUAACAUUUGAAGACACCAGCACCAGUGCCGUUAAGUUCUACAGAAGGUGGCACCAGCACCUGACAGUAAAUAACUUUUUCUAAAUCACACAUGUACAUUUCAGAGAUGUCUAAUUGAUGUCUGCAUUUAUAUAUGCAAGAUGUAUUAUUUUUUUGAGUGUUUUCUCAUCUGCAACAUGUCUCUAAGACGUUUCCUGUCAGAUAUCAAAUAGACAUUUAUAAGAAUGCAUGUAAAAACUGCGUUUGUCAAGCAGAUGUUUCCCAGAUCAUUAGCAGACGUCUCACAGAUGUACUUGCGCUGUCUGGGUUGUUGAGAUGCAGAUGAAAUGAACUUUUAUCACUGUUAUCAAAAGUUGUGUAAAGCAUUUAAUAACA